AUGAAGGGCAUAGUUUCGCAAUCCGUUAAGGAAGUCCUUCAGAGCCUCGUCGAUGAUGGCUUGGUACAAGCAGACAAGAUUGGCUCAUCAAACUUCUUCUGGAGCUUUCCUUCGCAGCGAGGUGCCAUGAUGCAACAUCGGCUGACUGCUGUGAAGGAGAGCCAAGCGUCCUACCGCUCCCAAAUCAAAGAACUUCAUACCGCAAUAGAGAUGGAGACGGCAGCAAGACCUGGCAGUACCGAGAGAAACGCAUCGCUGUCCCGACUAUCAGCCGCUCAGAAAGAAUUGGAAGGGCUGGUAACCGAACUCGCACAGUACGGCGCAUGUGAUCCUGUCAAAGUGGAAGAGAAGAAGCGUGCAGUGAUGCUUGCGAAGGAGGCUGCAGUGCGCUGGACCGAUAACUAUGUUCUGUUGCUCGGGCAUUUCACCCGGCAAAGUUGUGUCGAACCUAGCGAGAUCAAAAAGUACCUUGGUGUCGACGAUGACUAUGAGGAUAUAUGUUGA